AGACCGGUUUUUGCAGUUGGCAUUUCCUUCUAAUCUUUGGUGUCAUUCGUCUCGAACUCUUUUGCUGACAUUAUUUUAUUUUAUUUCUAAAGUUAAAAUGGCAGAAAAUAAGGAACGUACUUUUAUUAUGAUUAAACCCGAUGGAGUUCAACGUGGACUUGUCGGCAAAAUCAUCCAGCGUUUUGAAGAAAAAGGCUUCAAACUCGUUGCCAUGAAAAUGGUUUGGGCAAAGGAAGAUCUCUUGUCAAAACAUUACGCCGAUUUAUCUUCCAGACCAUUCUUCCCUGGUUUAAUCAAAUACAUGAGCUCCGGACCAGUUGUUCCAAUGGUCUGGGAAGGUUUGAACGCAGUAAAAACCGGACGUGUUAUGCUCGGUGAGACAAAUCCAAAGGACUCAGCACCAGGAACAAUUCGUGGAGAUUUCUGUAUCCAGGUGGGUCGUAAUAUUAUUCACGGCUCUGAUUCCGUGGAAUCGGCCAAUAAGGAAAUUGAUCUAUGGUUUGGCAGCAAAGAAAAGAAGGAAACUAUCGACUGGGCUUCCUGGGCAGAGAAAUGGAUCUAUGAAUAAGAGUCUUUUUUUCUAAAAAAAAAAAAAUAAAUAAAUAAUUAAAAUAAUCUGCAGAUUAAACUGUUUACAAUGAUUCGUCGUUGCAAGGAGUUCUUUUCGACAAUGCAUUCCCAAAGUCAUUAUCUUUGACUAUCACAAAGUACUGCCCCUUUUUAAAAUAUUAACAUAAUUGUAAAUAAACAAUUUUACUUCGACUAAAAAUAUUGUCAUUUCGUCUUCAAUUUUAAAUGAAUAGAAAAUAUCUGCAAAUUUUAAA